CCGAUUUUUAGAACAAAUGUUCCGAUUGAGCUUAAAAAAUUAGCAAGUUUCUUCUUCACCCGAAUUCCAAAUGUCCUUGCGUCUGACCGGCUGACCAAUUGUUUCGUGGAGCUGAACUCCAAGGUCAAGUGUUUAUACUAAUCACAUGGAUAACACAUUUUCGGUGGAUCCGAGAGAAGCAGAGGUGGCUCAUGACAUUCCACCGUGGAUUAGAGUGUACAAAGACGGAACAGUUAGGAGACUGUCCGGAUACGAGGUCUGUGAUCCAGGGCUUGAUGCUCGGACACGUGUUUUAUCCAAAGAUGUCAUGAUCGUUCCUGGAACAGGGGUAUCCGCUAGGCUAUACCGCCCAAGUAUUAUUGCUGAUGGUCAAAGGCUGCCUCUAGUUGUCUACUUUCCUGGCGGGGCAUAUAUGAUCUCAUCACCUAGGUUUCCUGGGUAUCACUACUCUAUUAACAAUCUAGUUGCUGAAGCCAAAGUGGUUCUUGUUUCAGUGGACUAUAGAAAAGCUCCUGAACAUCCACUCCCUAUAGCCUUUGAUGACUCCUGGGAUGCGCUCAAAUGGGCAGCUUCACACGCCUCAGGUGCUGGUUCGGAGUCUUGGCUAAUAAACAACGUUGAUUUCAACAAGGUUUUCUUAGCAGGAGACAGUGCUGGCGCGAGUAUAGCCCACCAACUGAUGUUUCGUAGCAAGAAUAUGGAGAUAAAAGCAGCAGGGAUGAAACUUGUUGGGAUGAUCAUGAUCAACCCUUACUUCUGGGGUAAAGAGCCUAUUGGAGCUGAACUUACCAACACUGUUCGCAAGGCGCUUGUUGACAAUUGGUGGGCUUUCGUGUGUCCAUCCGACAAGGGAAAUGAUGAUCCGUUGGUGAAUCCCUUUGCAGAGGGAGCACCGCCUUUGAAUGACUUGGGGUGUGCUCGAGUUCUUGUUUGUGUUGCGGAGCAGGACAUAUUAAGGGACAGAGGGGUACUCUUUUACGAGUCAUUGAAGAAGAGUGAGUGGAAAGGAGAGGCGAAGUUGAUUGAUGUACAGGGGGAAGAUCAUGUCUUCCAUAUAUUCAAACCUGAUUGUGAAAAUGCUGCAAACAUGAUUAAGGGUUUAGCUAAUUUCAUACACCAUCAAAUGUAAUACUGUAAUCAUCAUCUGUGGAAUUAUAUCCUUCUCUUUUCGUUUUGUAUACAACUUAAUUAUGGAUAAUUUGGUUUGGUGGAGAA